AAAAAAUUCUGUUUUUCGGCAUGUUGAACACACAACAGCCGUUGGGUGCGUCAAACAUUAAAACAUACAAUUCAGGUAGACGUGCUCUGUGGACGAAAUGCAACAGUCAUGGACUAUCAAAUGCAGUUGCUGCCACACACUGACAGCGUUUCCUGUGCAGCCAAACAAACCUAAUUCAAUUUGAUUUCGAAUCACGGAUUUCAAUCUAACCGGAUAUUAUGUCCGUAGCAUGCCCCAAUCUCUCUCACGCGGUCACCACUCCCAACCCAUUGGAGUUGAGGACGUUUCCCGAGCUACCUGCCUCGCUGGAGAACUCGACCCACGUACCAUAUGGGGACCCAGUCUACAUGCAGACACGCUGGGACGACGCAACGUGGGUCCUCACCAGUGCCUUCAUCAUCUUCACGAUGCAGUCCGGGUUCGGGCUCCUCGAGUCCGGCAGCGUCUCGCAGAAGAAUGAAGUCAACAUCAUGGUGAAGAACGCCGUGGAUGUUCUGUUCGGUGGUAUCUCCUACUGGAUGUUCGGGUACGGGCUGAGCUUCGAUAAACGCGGCAGUGACCACGCCUCGAACAACCCCUUCGUGGCCGUUGGGGAGUUCUUCGUGGACGAGAGCGACCCGGAUAAAUUCGGGGAGCUCUUCUCGCAUUUCUUCUUCCAUGCGUCGUUUGCGACGACAGCCACCACGAUCGUCAGUGGUGCCAUGGCAGAGAGAACCAAACUCGAGGCGUAUAUUCUCUUUUCAUUCCUUAACACGCUGGUCUAUUGCUUCCCCGCCCAUUGGAUGUGGGACUGCGCCGGGUGGUUGAAGAACAUGGGCGUGGUUGAUAUAGCUGGGGCGGGGGCAGUGCAUCUUGUGGGAGGAGUCACGGGUUUAAUAGCGACGAUAAUGUUGAAGCCGAGGACUGGUCGAUUCGAACCUGGUGCACAGACACCAGCUAUGGGCUCACCUACCAAUACUAUAUUUGGAAUGUUCAUGCUUUGGUGGGGUUGGCUUGGCUUCAACUGCGGCAGUACGUACGGCAUCUCCCAGAACAAGUGGAUAUUAGCUUCAAGAUCCGCAACUGCUACAAUAACUGCUUCUAUUGGUGGAGGCAUAGCUGCUAUUGCAUUAAGCUACGUGGCCAAACGACGUAAAUUCGACAUUAGCUUCUUGAUUAAUGGUAUACUCGGAUCUCUGGUGUCGAUUACAGCUCUAUGCGCCUUAGCACAACCGUGGGAGGGUCUAGUGAUUGGUAUAACGGGUUCCCUCAUCGCCUGCAGUGGAUGUAUGCUGACUGAAAAGCUGAAGAUUGACGACCCAGUGGGGGUUGUUCCCGUCCACGCAAUGUCAGCUACGUGGGCCCUGCUGUCUGUUGGAAUAUUCGGUCGACAUGAUAGUCUCGAUGAAGGAUUCUCGUCAACCGACGGUUUAAUCGCUGGAGGCGGAUUCAAACUUCUAGGAGUUCAAGCUCUCGCCGUUGUAACCAUCGCAUCCUGGACUGCCGUGACGUCAUUCACCCUUCUCAAGCUAGUCGACCUCACCAUAGGUCUCCGGGUUCCACUCCACGAGGAGGCGCUAGGUGCCGACUUAGUCGAGCACUCUCUGAACGGGACCUACAACAAAUCCAGCCGGGAGUGGUUCGACAGGGACGGCAAGCUCGUCAUGGUAGUCCAAAGCUUCAAGAGUGGCAACCUUAUGAAGGAUCUGGAUCGCCAGGAUAAACGGGAACUCCGCAGGAUCUCGAUCCGGCGGAGCAGCCAAACGGAACUUCUGAACAAAUCUGCGUUCGGAUUCGUGAGAUCCGACGAGCCGUCUGGCCCAAAUUACGACGAUGGGGGCGACAAUCUGGCAACGGCGGAAGCGGGUACGUCACAAGACAGAGAUUUCAACUCGAGACAACCACGACACAGAAAACUAGUCGCUAAGCACAAGCAUACAACACCAACCUCAUCUGGUAAACGAAGGUUUAGUUGGACGAUAGCCAAAACUCCAGAUACACCACUAGCCACAACCAACGAAGACCAAUCAACAAAUUGGACAUUAGCAAAAACUCUAGAUACUUCACUAGCCCCAACCAAUGACAAUAAAUCAACAAAUUCAUCUUAAAUUUUAACAUUGAUAUAAAGUAAUGGGUUUUGGUGGGUUUUUAUAGUUUACAAAACUUAGCUUCUCCUCUAAAGGGAUUAAUUUCUCCUCUGAACUGUUUGAAGAACUAUUAUUCAAACUGUCCUGUGCUUUAUAGCUAAGUAAUCUGUGACAACAAAUAUUUUAGGAGUAUUGUAACACUGGUUUGAAUCAUUUUUGACCGCAAAAUAUUUGAAUCUGGGAAGUGACUUUAUGCAUGAAUCGUUUAUAAGGUUUAUGAUGGUUGAACGUCUUGUUUUCUCAGCAAGGAUAUAUACUGCAUACAGCUGAGACAUUUACAUGACUUUGACUAUAUCUUUAUUUUACUUUGCUUAUAAAUCAGCAUUAAAGCCAUUGGACCCUUUCGGUACAGAAACAAAAAGUUCACAGAUUUACAAAUAAUUUACAGGGUUUA